AUGACAUACUUCCUAGUAUGCGAGGAACUGCCUCCUCUGAGGUCCAGUAUUGCAGAUACCAUAGCAGUCUAUGGUAGUUUACAAGGAGAAGAUUCGUCAGUCUUUGGGCAGCAUGAUGAAGACUCUCAGGAUGAGCUAAAGCUAUCCCAGAAACUGAGGCACAUCUGCAGUUGUCCUCCAAAAGGCAUUAUAGCUAGCACAGUCACAAAUGUGGCAGCAGCAGCACUGAUCUGGGCUGUGGUCUGGUCUAUUACAUUCCAUGAGAGUCUUCCUGGUAGGAACCUCUUUGGGCUUUUGUUCCUUUUCUUUUCUGCUGUACUUGGUGGUAAAGUCAUGGGGCAGAUUAAGCUACCUGGCAUGCCUCCACUUCCACGUCUUUUCGGAAUGCUGUUUGCUGGGUUUCUCAUCAGAAACAUCCCAUUCACCAGUAAGUUAGUCCAUAUCAAUGUAAAAUGGUCAGCGAACCUGAGGAAUAUGGCUCUCUCCAUUAUCUUGGCCCUUGCAGGGCUUGGCCUUGACCCGCAGGCUCUGAAUAAGUUAAAAGUUGUCUGUUUGCGGAUGACCUUUGGGCCCUGUGUCAUUGAAGCAUGUACGGCAGCUGUUGCAUCUCAUUUUAUCAUGCACUUGCCAUGGGCAUGGGGAUUUAUGUUAGGUUUUGUUCUAGGUGCCGUGUCUCCUGCCAUUGUUGUCCUUUCGAUGCUGGUGUUGCAAGAACAAGGAUACGGGACAGAUAAGGGCAUUCCAACCUUGCUCAUAGCAGCUAGCAGUUGUGAUGAUGUUGUGGCCAUCACAGGCUUCAACAUCUUCUUAGGCAUGGCCUUCUCCAAAGGCUCCCCCUUUCUCAGUCUCUUCUACGGUGUGCUACAGGUUGUCGUUGGUGCAGCAUCUGGGGGCAUUCUGGGACUUUUCAUUUGGUAUUUCCCCAGCAAAGAUCAGACAUUUCUUGUUUGGAAGAGAGCAUUUUUUGUGAUGGGCCUAUCUGUGUUUGCUGUUUUGAGCAGCAAACACUUCGGCUUCCCUGGAUCUGGAGGCCUCUGCACACUUGUCUUAUCAUUUAUGGGUGGUUUGGCGUGGUCAAAUGAGAAGAGAGAGGUAGAAGAAAUUAUUGCAGCUGCCUGGGAGAUUUUCCAGCCUUUUCUUUUUUCCUUAAUUGGAGCUGAAAUAUCCAUUGUUUCCAUUGGAGCGAAAACAUUUGGGCUUUGUUUGGCCACAAUGGGCGCUUCGUUACUAGUCCGGAUAAUUGCUGCUUUCUCGUUGGUGUCUUGUGCGGGUUUUGAUUUCAAGGAGAAACUGUUUAUUGCGUUGGCAUGGAUCCCCAAAGCAACUGUCCAGGCUGCAAUUGGUUCCGUUGCCUUAGAUACAGCACGAGAGCAUCAUAAUCCAAAUCAAGAAGAAUAUGGUCUGAAUAUCUUGACAGUGGCCUUCUUGGCAAUCCUGAUCACAGCUCCAACUGGAGCUUUACUUAUUGGCCUGACGGGGCCCAAACUUCUCCGCAAGGCUGAUACAGACGAGGAAGAGGAUUAUGGAGACGGAAAAGGAGGACAAGUGCAAACCCCUACUCCAGUAUAG